CUUCGGGGCUGAGUUUCCUGGGUCAGGAGGAGAAAACGAUGAGCAUCAAAAGCCUGGAAGUGAAAGGGGGGGCCGGGAAGCAGGACGGAGGGGAGGAGGGUCUGGAACAAGAAGACGGCCCACUGUCUGCCCCCAGGAGUGAGAGGCAGGUGAUCUGGGAGCACUCCUCAGAGCCCCGGAGAAUCUCCGUGCUGCCCCUGUGGUGGAGGAUCACGCACAGCUCCCGCUGGAUAGCGCAGGUGCUGGCCUCCGAGCUCAGCCUGCUGGCCUUCAUCCUGCUGCUGGUCAUGGUCUUCUCCGAGAAGUGGCUGUGCCUGUCCCGGAGCCGCUUCUACCAGCGCUGGCCCCCCAGCGUCAGCACGAGAAUCUACACGUCGGCUCAUGUCAUGUCCCUGGGGCUCCUGCGGAUCUGCAGAUCCAAGAACUGUUCCAGCUCAGAAAACGGAAGAGAUGGUUUUAAGCUGUGGGCAAACCACCCCGUCUUUGGCAUGGCCCGGAUAACCUUCUGCCUGACCCUGGGGCUGGGCUUUGUCUUCACCAUCUGGUUGCACCUGCCGUAUGUACCCGGCCUGCAGCGACUGCCUUUCUUUAGCUGGAUCGGGACCAUGAUGAGCUUCUGUGAAGUUACCUUUAUUUUCUUCACCCUCCUGUUAUUCCCUAUUAACCUCUGGAUCUUUGAGCUGAAGAAGAAUGUGUCCAUCCCCAUCGGCUGGAGCUAUUUCAUAGGCUGGCUGGUGUUUGUCCUGUAUGUCACCUGCGCGGCCCUCUGUCACUUCAACCACAAACACUUCUGGAGCGUGAUUACGAGCAGUCCCAGAGGCAUCGCGCUGUGCGGCAAGGAUGCCUGCUCCGUGCAGAACUUUCAGAGUGAGCUGGUGGUCUCACCCGCCUGUGCCCACCAGGAGGAGGUCCCGGAUCCCUAGCCAAAGAAGCCACCUCCCUAACCUGUUCCGAAUUCCCCUCUCCUCACCCUUUCUGGCUCGGACUUAGGGGGGAUUUGGGGAUGGCCUUGCCCUUGUCCGCCAGCUGCCGCCUGCGGACAGCCUGGGGGACGCGGAAUAAACGGUCUCUUGCUUA